GAUCAGCAGGGUAAGGAUGUGGCUAUCGCCUGGCUGUCAAUGCUCUACAUGCUAGUCUACAUUCCGAUGAUAGUCCCAGCCACCUGGUUACUCAACCAUUACGGUCUUCGUGUGAGCAUUCUGAUCGGAGCGACGCUGAACGUUCUGGGUGCAUGGAUCAAAUGCCUUUCCAUGGAGCUGUCACAGCCUGUCCCCUCUCCUGCUUCCAACGCUUCCUUUCCCCUCCUAAUGGUGGCCCAGCUCGUGUGCGCAUUGGGCCAAGUCUUCCUCCUUGGUGUUCCAGCCCAACUCGCUGCCACGUGGUUCAGCAAAACAGAACUCGCAAUGGCUACUGCUAUCGGCGUUUUUGGCAACCAAGUUGGCUGUGCACUGGGCUUCGGUCUACCGCCCCUGAUGGUACCUGCUGUCACAAACUCUACUGGAGUGGCAGAUUUUGAGGAUUUUCGAAGAGGUUUUCGUAUUAUGCUCUACGGCGGGGCGGCAAUCAUGUCCAUCGACCUCAUUUUUGUGGCCAUCUUCUUUAAGGAAGAGCCGGCGAUUGCCCCCAGUCUAGCCCAAUACAAACGGAUUUUACAACGUCGUGCACAAAUGACAGGUGACAAUCAGGACGAAGCUGACUUCGACUCCGCCUUUGAGCCGGAGAGCUCCGUUCUGACUUUGGAGGAGUCGGAACUGGUUAAUCAAAGCUACUUCCAUCAAGUCGUGCAUUGCUUCAAGUCUGUCAGCUUCAUCCUCCUCAACAUCUGUUAUGGUGUGAACACGGGGGUGUACUACGAAAUUGGCACUCUUUUGAACAGCAUCGUUGCAGAGUUCUUCCCGACGGAGCAAGUAGCAAUUGGAUGGAUUGGAUUCAGCAUGGUCAUUGCAGGUCUCGUCGGUUCGAUUGUCGCAGGAGCGGUGUUAAAGAAGACGGGCCUGUACAGACGAGUCUUGAUCGUCUUCUACUUCCUUAGUGUGGCCAGUAUGGGAGCCUUCAUGGGAAGCAUUUACAGCAACUUGAUUGGCACCGUCUUCCUCACUAUGAUCCUCCUUGGCUUCUUCCAAUCCGGUUUUCUGCCUCUCGGCUUUGAAUAUGCGGCAGAAAUCACCUACCCCAUCGAUGAGGGUCUCACUUCUGGCAUUCUCAAUACAUCAGCUCAUAUAUUUGGCAUCAUCCUGACUCAAGUUGCAACUGCUAUGAUUGGCAAGUACGGUUCUCUCCCGACAAACAUUUUUAUCCUCGUCUGUAUGGUGAUUGCUGCUGUGCCUGCUUGUAAGUUGUCCUCUUGCAUUUUUUCUGCUAAUAUGACACAUAACAAAUUCUUUCUUCUACAUUCAUUUCAUCAAUUGCGAUUAUUUAUUCAUGAUCACUAA